GUGUCGGCUGUCAGAGGGUGGUGUGCGUCUACUCGGUGAUGAGACGGCCGCGGCGACGGACACGAUGCGCGGCGUCCGGACAGUGAUCUGCGCGCUGCUGCUGGCCACAGCGACCGCCGGCGAGCGGUGCGAGCCGCUGCCCGGGCCGGCCGCGCGCUGUCACCUCACCACGCUCGACGCCGGGCCGCUGAACGUGACACGGCCCGGGUCGCUGCGCCGACUCGAGCUCGUCUGCUCAGACACCACACACGUGAGCAGGGACUUCUCGGUGGCUCUGGGCAGCGCGUUCACAGAGCUCCGGGAGCUGAGUGUGACACAAUGUGCUCUGGGACUGCUCCGGCGAGGUGUGUUCCACCGUUUGCGACGGCUGCAGACUCUCCGUCUGAGAACAUUCAGUCGCGACUGGACUGCGGCCGAGAUGCGGCUCGAGCGGGGCUGUUUCGACGGCCUCGUGCACCUGGAGACGCUCGACCUCAGUGAGAACAACAUGUGGUCGCUGGAGCGGGGUGUGUUCGAGGACCUCACCUCGCUGAAGGUGCUGAACCUCAGCGGCAACAGUUUCCAGGACCUGACGGAGCUCCGGGAGACCGGGGUCAACGACGGACUCCAUAUGCUGGACGUGUCUCACAACAGUCUGAUGGAGCUGUCGGCCGCCGGGCUGCGGGCGUUCCCCGGCCUUCGGGAGCUGCGGGCGGGCCACAACCAGCUGGCGGUGAUCCGGGACGGCGCGCUCAGGGACCUCCGCCGUCUGCAGAAACUGGACGUGUCAGACAACAGGCUGGUCGCCCUGCCCGCCAUGAUGCUGAACGAGACGCGACUUCUUCGCGAGCUGCAUGUCCAGAAUAACAGCAUCCGUGUGCUGCCGCCAAGUCUGCUGUCGGACCUGCCACAGCUACAGACGGUAAACAUGUCGGCUAACAACCUCAGCUCGGAGUGGAUUCGGAAGGACACCUUCGCCGGCCUGCUGCGGCUGAUCGUGCUGGACCUGUCCUCCAAUCACUUAGACGCGCUCAGCGUGGACGUGUUCCAGGACCUGACCAGCCUCCAGUCGCUGGACCUCAGUGAGAACCUGCUGGAGACGCUGCCGGACGGCGUGUUCGGCUCCCUCAGCAACCUGCACACGCUGAGACUCUCCGACAACCUGCUGCGACACCUCGGGCGCCGCACGCUGGUGGGGCUGCACGUCCUCAGCGCCCUGCGGUUGGACGGCAACCGGCUGGCGCAGCUGGACGAGCUGACCUUCGCAAAUGUCACCGGCGUGCAGAGCGUGCGUUUGGACAGGAACGAGCUCCUGACGGUGCCGGCAGCGCUGUCCCGUCUCACGUUCCUCGCGCGCCUGGACCUGGGCGACAACUUCAUCUCAGAACUACCUGCUGGAGCUUUCAGCACCCUCCGUCAGCUGAGCGCGCUUCGUCUGGCUGGAAACCAGCUGGUGAAUGUGUCAGCGCGCGCUCUGUCCGGCCCUGUGGCGCUCAGCGUGCUGGAUCUAUCGCGGAACCGGCUCACCCUCAUGGAGAGCGGCGCUCUGGAUGAGCUCAGGGAGCUCAGGGUGGUGCGGAUCGACGCCAACCGUCUGACGAGCAUCAACGGCCUCUUCGCCAAGCUGCCGCAGCUGCUGUGGCUGAACGCCAGCGAUAACCGGGUCGAGUUCUUCGACUACGCGCUGGUCCCGACCGGGCUGCGCUGGCUCGACCUGCACCGCAACCAGAUCCGCGAGAUCGGCAACUUCUACCGGCUGGAGAGCAAGAUGGAGCUGCGCACGAUCGACCUCAGCCACAACCAGGUGUCGCACCUCGGCCGCUCGGCAGUGCCGGACGCCAUCGAGUACUUCAUCCUCGCCGGCAACCGGCUGGAGACGGUGGAGCCGGGCACAUUCGAGGCCAAGCGGCGCCUGGUGCGGGUCGAUCUGUCGGCCAACCAGCUGAGCCAGCUGGACGCCCAGGCAGUCCGUCUGCCGGACGACCACGGGGACCGGCCUGCCGACCUCCUGCUGGGAGGGAACCCGCUGCUGUGCGACUGCAGCAUGGACUGGGUGCUGACGAUGGCGACGGCCACCUCCGCCGGACACCAGUACCGGGUGCUGGACGCCGACCGGAUCAUGUGCCGCCUGCUGCACUCGCCGGUCGGCCUGGUGCCCCUGCUGGAGACCAAGCCGACCGACUUCCUCUGCACCUACGAGCGCCACUGCUUCGCCCUCUGCCACUGCUGCAACUACGUCGCCUGCGACUGCGAGAUGAAGUGUCCCGACGGCUGCACGUGCUACCACGACCACACGUGGAACACCAACAUGGUGGAGUGCAGUGGUCGAGAGCAGCUGGCCAUCUCGCGCGAGAUUCCCAUGGACGCCACUGCCGUGUUCGCCGCCGGAAAUAACAUCCACAGCCUUGAGAGCCACACCUUCAUCGGCAGAAAACGCAUCCGACAACUGUACGUCAACAACUCCAACGUCGAGGAGAUCCGUAACCGCAGUCUGAACGGCCUCUCGGCGCUGCAGGUCCUCCGACUCGAGGACAACCUUCUCCCGGAGCUGCAGGGCUACGAGUUCGACAGUCUCGUCGCGCUCCGUGAGCUGUACCUGCACAACAACCGUCUCCGUCGUAUCCACCCGGCCACGUUUUCGCGACUGCGUGCGCUGGAGGUACUCACGCUCCACGGGAACCUGCUGGUCAGUUUCCCGGCGUGGCGACUCUCCAGCCCCUACCUGGUGGAGCUCACGCUCGCCUCGAACCCGUGGUCGUGCGAGUGCGAGGUGGCCGAGCCGCUGGCCGCGUACGUGCGCGACCACCGCGCCAAGAUCGUCGACGCCGACGACAUUCAGUGCGAGUACGUGUCGUCGUGGCCGCGCUGCGCCCGCGGCGGACUGGCGGCCGCGCCGGCGGGCGCCGACUCCCCGGUGCGGCGGGGCGGUUCAGAGCGCGGCGUGCCGCUCCUGGCCGUGCUGGGAGGCACCGCGCUCGUGGUGGCCGCUGUGGUGGCAGCGCUGGUGUUCCGGUUCCGUGGCCGGCUCUGCGGUGCCGGAGGGGGUGGGGCCGGCACCGAGCCGCCCGCCAAAGCGUCCCUCGCAGCGGCGACCACCACCGUGACCAGUGACGCCGAGAAAGAGUACGACGUGUUUGUGACGUACAGCGCACAGGACUCGCGAUUCGUCAACGAGGUGCUGGCGCCCGAGCUGGAGCACUCGACGCCCUCGUGCCGUCUGUGUCUGCUGCGCCGCGACGCGCCCAGCACCGGGUACCUGGGCGACGCCGUGCAUCACUGCGUGCGCUCCUCGCGGCGCACACUUCUGCUGGUGUCGCGCGGCUUCCUCGACCACGAGUGGUGCCGCUUCGACUUCAAGACGCCGCACGUUGAGGCGCUGCACGGCUCGCGCGCCGUAGUCGGCGUUCUAGUGGGCGUCGAGCGCCACCACAUGGACGCCGACCUGCGCAGCCUGCUGCGGCCCUCCGACUGCGUCCGGUACGGGGGACCCGACUUCUGGCGCCGCCUGCGGGCGCUGCUGCCCACCGGCCACGGCCUGAAGGCGCUCUACGGUCUGGGGCCGCCGCCGGCGUCACCCCAGCCGCCACCGCCACCGCCGCCGCCGGCGCCGGGCGAGUCGCCCUCGCCGACGUGCUCGACGGUGGUCUCCGAGGACCGGUCGGUGGGCCCGCUGCACGGCCGCUCCGACUCCAGCCACGCACUCGUCUACAGCGCGCAGGCGCCGCACAACACGAGCUACAGCAGCCUGCGGCCCAGCGAGCACACCUACAUGACCAUCGACCACUACCACUCGCUGCGACGGCCGUCGGCGCCCACCGAGUCGGAGCUCUACUGCACCCUGGAGCCGGAGCUGCAGCCGCAGAUGCCGUCCGACCCGCACCAUCCGGCCAACCAGGGUCAGUUGACCUCCCCGGGGCACCUGACCCACCCAGGUCACCCGACUGACCCGCGUCAGACGCUGUACUCGGCGCGGACCGGUCAGCUGUACCACCGGGGAUCGCAGGGUCACCCCUCACAGCAGGGAUAUCAGGCACACCCCUCACAGCAGGGCUACCAGGGGCUGCAGGCCCACCCUUCGCAGCAGGGCUACCCGGGACACAGGGGCCACGUGACCCUGCAGGCCGACCACACGGGUCACCAGAGUCAGCUGUCCAGUCAGCAACACCGCAGCACACCGACUCACUCGCUCUGGGUGUAACACUUUAGAAACAAUAGCCCCCGUACCGGUAACACUACACGGCCGUCUGACGGGGGCGGGCCGGACAGAGGGACCCACUUUCGGGGCUCGGUGCCCGCGCCCCAUGACGUGUCGGCGCGGCGGCGGCCGGCCGGCACCGUUCGGGCCACUCUCAUCGGUAUGCGGGCCGGCCGCUGCCGGCGAAGGUCACUGGCCCUGUGACCCAGCGGGCAUCCCUUUCAGAGGCUGCAGCCGCCGCUGCGGCUCCUUCAGCCGUCUCUCUCCUCACUCUCGGUCGUCCGUCUGUCUCCGAACGCUCCUCGGCGAGCGAUGGUCCUGUCCGACCGGGCCCAGUGAUUCUGCGCGCGUCUGUCUGUGUCAGCGCACGCGCGCUGUGUGUGUGGGAAUGAUUGUACAUACGAGAUAAAAUCGCUUAUUUUGUUAUUCUAGUCAUAUCGUCCGACUGUAAUACAUUGUCGAUGCUACGCUU